AUGGCUACGCCUGCCGGCAUUUCGCACACCGAUGGCGCUAAGCUGUCCGUCCUCCGGGGCUACGACACCUCUCAUCUGGUUGUCGAUGAGACCUGGGUGAAGCAAAAGUCGGGCCAAGUCGAGUUCCCCAAAUCCAAGGCCGUCACGGCGCAAGAUGCCAUCGCCGAAGGUGGACGGACAUAUCAUGGCUACAACGCCGGCUCUUACUAUCUACCAAAUGAUCCUGAGGAACACGAACGACUGGAUCAUCAACACCGCAUGGUCCGUCUCAUCCAGCAUGGCAGGCUGGGCCUCGCACCUGUCCAGAACCCCAAGAACGUCAUUGACGUUUGCACCGGCACCGGCAUCUGGGCUAUUGAGUAUGCCGCCGAGCACCCCGACUGCGCCGUCCUCGGCAGCGACCUGAGCGCCAUCCAGCCGCGCGAGGGCGUCCCCAACUGCACCUUUAUCCAGACCGACGUCGAGAAGCAGGACUGGGACUACGGCGAGGGCCGGAACCAGUUCGACUACGCCUACUUCCGCUACAUGGUGACGUGCUUCGACGACAUGCCCGCCGUCCUGCGCAAGGCCCGCGAUAGCCUGCGCGAGGGCGGCUACGUCGAGAUCUUCGACACGCCCAUCCAGGCGCUCAGCCUCGAUGGCAGCAUCGACGGCACCGCGCUCGAGGAGUGGGGCGAGGUCGGCCGCGCCGCCGGCCGCAAGCUCGGCCGCGACCUGGCCAAGCCCCGGCAGUACAAGCGCUGGCUCGAGGAGGCCGGCUUCGUCGACGUCGUCGAGACCAUCAUCGCCGCCCCGGUCAACGAGUGGUGCCAGGACGAGCACCAGAAGGAGGUCGGCCGCUUCAUGUUCCACGACUUUUACGCCCUCAUCGGCGGCCUCAAGAAGCUGGUCCUCGCCGCGGGCUACACCUCGGACGACGCCGACGACUUCUUGCGCCGCGCUCGCGCCACCAUUGAGGACCCCAACGUCCACGCCUACUACGAGAAAUACAUCGUCUAUGGUCGAAAGCCCCGCGCCGACGAGGUCCCUGCCAAGCUUUCCACAGCCGACGGGGAAAAGGAGAGCACAGAAGCCACCGAGGCCGAGACGCCGACCAGUUUCAGUGGAAUGAUCAUCUCUUCACUAGUCAUGUACAGAGACUCUGUGCGCUUGAUGCUGAGAAAUAGGCUUGGUUUGGAUGUUUGA